AUGGCGGUGCGAUCAACCAAUAGAACCCAGGGCACUGUCCGGGGCAGUCGAAGUGCUGGCAAAGAUGUUGACGUAAAGAUUGACAGCGGUGGGCCACGACAGCCAGGGCAGGGAGAUGCUCAAGGCGGCAUCCGGAGUGAUGAGGCGUCGUUGCCAAAGAGCAGCGUUGCAGCAAGAGGUCUCUGGAAAAGAGAACUUGGAUGGAUGUCGUGGACAAGCCAAUCCGCUGAUAUGGCCUUGAAUCUCAAGCUUUGCAAAGUUGUAGUCUUAGUCCUUCGUGUAGACAGGACGGCAGACUUGGAGUAG